AUGGUGGUUCGAGCAAGUGAUGUAGACAAAAAUUUCUUCACUCCACGAGACUAUCAGGUUGAAUUGCUGGAUAAAGCAUGCAGAAGAAAUAUUAUUGUACCUCUCGGGACAGGGUCAGGCAAAACUUUUAUUGCCGUUUUACUAAUCAAAGAGUACACAACCAAACUUGUUAUACCAUGGAAAAGUGGCGGCAAACGGGCUUUCUUCCUGGUUGAUAAAGUUUCGCUAGUUGAACAGCAAGCAGCACAUAUCGAACAUCAUACAACACUAACUGUGGGCAAAAUGCAUGGACAUUUGAAUCAGGAUAUUUGGUCAGAACCUUCCAAAUUCGACGCAUUCAUUGCGUUACAUGAAGUUGUAGUACUAACUGCCCAGAUCUUCUUGGACUUACUUGAUCAUAGUUUCUUCAAUAUGUCAAAUGCUGCUGUUAUCAUCUUUGAUGAAUGCCAUCAUGUAUUAGGUAGCAAACACCCAUAUAGAUUAAUCAUGCAGCGGUAUGGACAACUUCCUGAAGUAGAUCGACCUCGAAUUCUCGGCCUUACAGCAUCUCUGAUCAAUAGCAAAAUACCACUGAAUAGUUUAGAACAACUUUUGGAAAAAUUGGAAAGAAUCAUGCAUAGUUCUAUUGAAACAGCAAGUGAUCUAGUCUCCAUCUCUAAAUAUGGGGCCAAACCGAAAGAAUAUGUCAUAAUGUGUCACGAUUUUUUUUGUUGUACAUGCGAAAUUAGCAAGAAAGUCAUCAGUACUUUAGAAGGUUUACGUACAUUUUGUUUGAAAUGUACCGAAUUCCAUCCGGAAUUCGACGUUGAUCCAAGAAAACCUGUUCUUGAAGCAGUUAGUCGAACGAAGUCUGUUUUGGAACAGUUGGGACCGUGGUGUGCAUGGAAAGUUUGCCAGCUAUUUCAACGACAACUGAAGAAACAUUCAGGACAAGGUUUCUUGCCUGAAAAGCAAGUCGUCUUCCUACAAAUGGCAUACACAACAAUGCGCUUCACUAAACGUUUAUUGGAUGAUAAAGUGGCUAACAUGCGAUGUUUUAAUGACAUGAAACCAAUACUGCCAGAUCGCCUAGCAAGAUUGUUUGAAAUCUUAAAGUUCUUCAGCCCUUCUAAUAUGGAAAAAGUGGAUCCAGAUUUGACAUUUUGUGGCAUCAUCUUCGUGGAGCAGCGUUACGUCGCAUACGUGUUAAAUACCUUAAUAAGAGCAAUAUCACGGUGGGACAGUGAUAAAUUUGGAUAUCUGGUUUCGGACUUCGUCAUCGGAUACAACAGUGCCAGCAUUGGUGCAGAAGAAACGAUGGCAUUGCAUAAAAGACAGGAAUUGGUUUUACGCAAAUUUCGCCAACGUCAUUUGAAUCUGUUAGUUGCAACAAGUGUUCUGGAAGAGGGCGUAGAUGUGAGACAGUGUAAUGUGGUUAUUCGUUUCGAUCGGCCUACCGAUUACCGUGCUUAUGUGCAGUCAAAAGGAAGAGCGCGAAAAGAUGGUGCAAGUUAUUUCCUACUGGUCGAAGAAAGAGAUCGUGAACAAUGCUCCUGUGAUUUGAAGGAUUUUUUGCAAAUUGAAAGAAUGUUACUGAAGCGGUAUCGGAACGUGCAUAAUCCGCCAGAACCAAUGAUUAUUUCACCGAGCAUAGAAACAGUGGAUGAUAUCAUUGCACCAUACAUUGUUGAAAGUACUGGAGCGCAAGUUACCUUAAGCACUGCUAUAAGCCUUGUAAACAGGUAUUGUGCCAAACUUCCCAGCGAUAUAUUCACCCGCUUGGUUCCGCAAAAUACGAUAGUGCCAGAAACUGUAGGUGAUCGGGUGAUGUACCGAGCGGAAUUGUUGUUACCAAUCAAUUCACCGAUCAAGGAGACCAUUAAAUUAAAGAAACCAUUGGAGAGCAAGAAGCUUGCACAAAUGGCCGUCGCUUUGGAAGCAUGUAGAAGGUUGCAUAAACGAAAAGAGCUGAAUGAUUACUUACUUCCUGUUGGUAAAGAUACCAUCAUGCUAACAGCUCUUGAUGAAGAUCCGGAUGAAUUCAUCCCAAAUAUGAAUUAUAAAGUUGGAUCAGCUCGAAGAAGACAAUUAUACGACAAGAGAAUGGCAAAAGCACUGCAUAAUGCAAUUCCACAUGUUGGUGAAGAAUGCUACAUCUAUGUUUUGGAAAUGAACCUCACCAAAGCGGUAGCUGGUGCUGCGAAUCCAAAAAAUCGUCGAAUAAUAAACCCGUUGGAUACCGAAUUCUGCUUUGGAUUCCUUUCCAAUAAAAAAAUACCGAAAGUGCCAUCGUUUUCGUUAUUUCUACGUCAAGGUCGUAUGCAAGCGAAUAUUUUCCUUGUCAAAUCCCGUCUCCUUGUUGAUGCUCAAAUGUUGGAGCUCCUAAAGGCAUUCCAUCAUUAUCUGUUCGACAAUGUUCUUCGACUGGUGAAAGGAGGCCUAGUUUUUACCCCCGAUAAGGCCCCAGUCAAUGUUUUGAUAGUUCCACUUCGACGUGAGCGAAAUGGUGAGACCGGUGAGGUGGAUUUCAAACUGGAUUACGCAUAUGUACGAAAUGUUGUUUCAUCGAUUGAUGAAUUGCCACGAAUUCCAACGGAAGUUGAAAGAUUGGCUUUCAAGUUCGAUGCAGCUAAGUUUCGGGAUGCUGUUGUCAUGCCAUGGUAUCGGGACCGAGAUCAUCCAUCGUUUUACUAUGUUGCUGAGAUAAUCGAUGCUAAACCAUCGUCCAAAUUUCCGGACGAGAAGUUUGCAACAUUUAACGAUUAUUUCAUUCAGAAAUAUGACAUUAUUAUAUAUGACCAAGAGCAGCCGCUUCUAGAUGUUGAUUAUACUUCGAGUCGAUUGAACCUUUUAAUGCCUCGACAUUGGUCACGUUCAAGAAGUCGAAUUACCGAAGAAAGAGGCUUAGAAACUGGCGGAAUGUCGCAGGGACAAAUUUUGGUACCUGAACUUGUUGAUGUACAUCCGAUUUCUGCUUCUUUAUGGAGUGUUAUUGCGGCCCUUCCAACACUACUUUAUCGGAUCAACAGUUUGUUAUUGGCAGAUGAGUUACGUGAGUUGGUGAUGCGUGAAGCGUUUUCUAACCCUAACUAUAGCACUUCUGACGAUGUUGUUUGGAUGCCAUUGGAUUACCCAACGCCCAUGGAUGAUCUGGAGGUGAGACCAGUGCAAAGGAUUUGUGAUCUGAAAAAGAAACAUGUGGAACAGAAAAAUCAGGAAAAUGAUGAUAUGGAGGCGAAGGAUUCUAACACGGAAAUGACUGAUUUUGAAAUCGGCGUCUGGGAUCCUGAGCUUGCAAAAGGGUUAGAAGAUUUCUGUUUGAAUAAAGGAAGACGAGAUGAAAUUAGAGGAUUCGAGGAUGUUGACGGGGAUGCAUUAGGUCUUGUGAUGAAUGGUUCUGCCUUACGACAGCAUGGUGACAUGUCGGAUGACGAUGAUGAAGAUGCCGUUGUGUUGUUCGAUUUCAUAAACAGUGUCCGUGAACGCUUUGGAAAAGAAAGUGGCGAUAUAUUUGCGCCACGAGAGAACAUCACAUCAUCUGGAUGGGAUGAUUUGAUUGUAAUAGAAGAAUCGGCACCAAAUGGAAUUAAUAUGCCUUUGUCUGUGAAUAGUGGAGAUUCCCAGAUCGACAGUCGUGGCUUAAUGGCCGAUUUAUCACGGAUGAGUUGGCUUUUGGACAUGCCCACUGCGUUACCUGUAACACCUGUAGACACAACAAAUCAAACCGAUGUGAAAAAAGAAACUGUGAAAAAUGGAAGCAAGCAACAUCCUGUGCCUACACAGUUAUACCUCGAUUCGUUAGAAAGAUUGGAAGAUUCGGACCGGAGAUCAUCAAAGUCAAAUCGUCAAGAAGAAUGUAUUGACUUAAUCGAUUUUUGUGAUGAAGUGGACGAAAUUUUAUCUAACGAGCAUAAUGACUCAGCACCAUUUGAUCUGAGCUAUUUUAAAGGAUGUUUAUUGGAUACUGAUGUUGAACUAGAUUCUGUUGAAGUGCUGUCACCCAAGAAAAUAUCACUACAUCAAGACGAAAAACUGAUGGAUGAAGACAUGAUAAGAUCAUCAAGUGAUUUAGAAUUAUCUUUGCAAAUAUCAUGCGAGGAUGAUGCUGCAAAGUUAGCUUGUUCAACGGUAGAUAUGAAUGCAGUUAACAAAAAGCAAGAAAUAAUUGCUCCAACCCUCGAUUGGAUGACAUUUUCGUUCGAAGAAGAUACCUUCAGUGAUCAUCCUGAUGGUGUUUCACCAUGCACUCUACUGCAGGCGCUGACACUGUCCAAUGCAUCCGAUGGUAUCAACUUGGAACGUCUGGAAACUGUUGGUGAUUCGUUCUUGAAAUAUGCCGUAACUGAUUACUUGUUUCACACCAAUCCUGAGCAACAUGAGGGAAAACUUAGCUUUGCGAGGAGUAAAGAGGUAUCAAAUUGCAAUUUAUACCGUUUGGGAAAGAAGCAUAAUCUACCCUCUUUGAUCAUUGGUUCAAAAUUUGAUCCAAAUGAUGGGUGGUUACCUCCCUGUUACGCGCCAACAUCAGACUUCAAAGCACCGAAUACAUUAGAUGCGGAAGAACGUGACAAGUUCAUCGAAAACGUUCUUGAAGGAAAAGCAGUUGAAGAGCAGGAACCGGUAAAAGUACCUACAGGAUGGGAUGAGUCUGAUAGGGAUAGUCAAGUUCGACGGAUUGCUGAUGGUAUCGAAACUAUUGAAUUUCCAAAGAAUAUGGCAACAAGUUGGGAUGGUGAAGAGAUUACGCCGCUGCCAUAUAAUCUGUUGACGCAACAAAGUCUGGGUGACAAAUCAAUUGCUGAUGCAGUGGAGUCUUUGAUUGGUGCCCACCUUUUGGAGCUAGGUCCUAAAGCAACAUUAAAAUUCAUGAAAUGGUUAGGAUUAAAGGUACUUACUGAACCAGUACAAAUGGAACCACCGCUACUGCGGUUCAUUGACACAAUCGAGCAGCCAGACCGGUCGCUGAGAAAAUUGGAUGAUAUGUGGAUACAAUUUCAAUUUUCCAAACUAGAAGAUUGUAUCGGUUAUCGUUUCAGUGAUCGGGCAUACCUGUUGCAGGCAUUUACGCACGCUUCUUAUUACAAAAACAGAAUAACAGGCUGCUAUCAGCGUUUAGAAUUUCUUGGUGAUGCCGUCCUGGACUAUGUUAUCACACGAUUUCUGUAUCAACAUUCAUCACAUUACAGUCCAGGUGUUCUUACGGACCUUCGUUCCGCACUUGUUAACAAUACUAUUUUUGCAUCAUUAGCUGUCAAAUACAACUUCCAUAAGCAUUUUAUCGCGAUGUGCCCCAGAUUGCACCAUAUGAUCGAGAAAUUUGUUUGUCUCUGUGCAGAAAAAAAUCUUUCCAGUGCAAAUUUCAAUGAUGAGAUGUACAUGGUGACGACUGAAGAAGAAAUUGAUGAGGGUGAAGAAGAAGAUAUCGAAGUCCCAAAAGCAAUGGGUGAUAUUUUCGAGUCAGUGGCUGGAGCUAUCUAUUUGGAUAGUGGACGAAGCUUAGACGUUGUGUGGAGGAUCUUUUAUAACCUAAUGAAAGAAACCAUAGACGAAUGCUGUAGUAAUCCGCCACGUUCACCGAUUCGUGAACUGCUUGAAAUGGAGCCUGAAAGGGCUCGCUUUUCAAAAUUGGAGAGAAUACUGGAAACGGGGAAAGUGCGUGUAACAGUUGAUAUCCAAGGCAAGUGUCGCUUCAGUGGAAUGGGUAGGAGCUAUCGGAUAGCCAAAUGUACAGCAGCCAAACGAGCUCUGCGCUAUUUGCGAAGUUUAAAGAAAGAAAAAGAACGAGCGGCUCAGAAGCAAUAA